AUGACGGCACCCCCGUCGCGAGUGUCGCGCACAUCCUCCUCCGGCAUCUCCGAAUCCUCCCAAUCAGCCCCGUCUGGCGACGGCUGGCAAGUCCCCGAUCCCGGCGUCACCCUCGGUGCUGUCGGCGGCAAGUCCGGCCUCGCGGAACAGGCGACCCUCGGCGGUCACCCGCACGCCGAGCACGAGCUUUCCUCUCCCAUGAACGACAUCGACAAGCACUUGACGCGCGGCAAGCAGCGACAGGGAUGGGCCGCGUCCUUAGUCAACAGCGCCGUGAGCGCAACCGUCUUUGGCGCUGCCGUCGGACUCGGAUGGAGAUCACACGAGGACGACGAGGAAGACCAUAACGAUGACGACAUGCACGGUGGCGAGACAAGCAAGAGCGAAGACCGGCUAGUCCAGUCCGAUCACUCGGAGCCGCCACCCGCGUAUGACACCAUUGCAGACGGGGUCAGUACGAUCGCCAGCUCACCCGCGCCCAGUGUGACCAUGUCGCGAAGACGACGCAAGCGUAGGAUCAAGCGUCCGAGCAUCGCCGAACUCAUCAUUGCAACGAGACAGCAGGAGCUCGCAAUGCUCAGUCCCCCCACCCGACCAUCGUCCACACGCGCAUCCUCGCCUGAGACAUCCCUGCCCAGCCCGACAUUCUUAUCUCUGACACCGGGUCAGACGCCCCACAGGUCCAACAAGCGUGCGGCGCCAGAACCGAUCGAGGAGGAGGGAGAGUCGGAGGACGAGGAGAUGAGCCUGCGGCUGGACGACAUGACGCGGCGCAUCCAGAACCUCAUCAAUGACGGACAACGAGCAUUACACUCGCAGCCGACUUUGCCACCCGCCGAUCCGAUGCCGCUUCCUUUGUUGUCUGUCACACCCAACUCUGCGACUUCCUCCACUUCAGAAGGCCGGCCGUCCAGUGACCUGUUCUCGCCAUGGAUGGACGAUGGACGCACGUCCCGCCGCUCCUCACUGUCCGGCCUGGCGCGUAACCGUACCUCUCUUCCUGCGACAUUAACGCCUCCUACGAAGAAAUUCGCGCGCGAUGGCCCCCGACACUCCACGCCAAUUCCAACCGCUAGUGCAAACACACACAGUGCGGGCAACAGCCCAUACACACAUUCCCGGAUCCCAUCUUACCAUGGGUCGCCCCUGUCUAAGAGCCCGCGCCCGGGCAUGCCGAUGCCGGCGCCCACGCUGUAUGGCAGCGGUACUGCGCCUCCUCUGCCGUGGCGGCGCGAACGAGUAGGGUCGAACAAAUGGAUUCAGCGGCCCCCGUCGCCAACGCUCGGCGAGCUGGCAGCGAGCGACCAGCGCGACCAGAGGUCGGUGGGAUCGAGCUUUGGUGGAACAUUUGAGUUCGGAUCUCUCAGCUCUUCCGACGCAUCGCAUCCAGGCACGCCGGUUCACGGCACAUGGUCGGGUUCCUCGCGCCCGAAGCUCGCUGCACCGGGUACGCCGCUCGAGCCGCCCGCAUACUUGCGGCCUGCUUCGCCUGCGUCGCACACCCCGCAAGCAUCCCAGCCGGCCCCGCACACACCGGCGCGAAGCCGUAUCCCACGAUUUGACCACGGGCGUUCCGGCUCGGUCUCUUCUCGCCCCGGAUCAGCCGCGAGUACUCACACGCACCAGCGAACAGACUCGAUGACUCGGACAUCGCGUCCGACGACCCCCGCGACGCCGAAGGCUAAGGGCCGAGCGCGCGCGGGGACGGACGGAGCGUCCAGCCUCCAGCCCCACAGGUCCUACAUCCCUUCGCCGAACAUUAAGCCCGGCACCGUCGCUCAGCGCAGGCUUUCCUUCACCAAGCCUCUCCCGCACGACACGAAAUGA